GAUUCUUGUGACAUCUUUUGUCUGAAUGUGAAACUUGUCCCUUUACAUGUUGUCUUUUGAUUAUUGAAUCUCUGAGUAGAUCUGGUUAAGCCGCCUUGUCUUACAAGAAACUGGAGUUGUCUGUGGUGUGUGAAUCAACGAUCUGAUCUCAAAGCAGGACCAAAUCAACAGAGACAUGGGAGCUGCGGUGACGAAAUCUGAUGGUCAAGAGACGAAGCUAGAGGCUAAGAUCAUAGAAGCCGUGCAACGCAGGGCAUCGAGAGGAACCACGAUGAAAUCAUUCAACAGCAUUGUUCUCAAGUUCCCAAAGAUCGACGAGGGUCUUCGAAACUGCAAAGCUAUCUUCCAAGAGUUUGACGAGGAUUCGAAUGGGUCGAUUGAUCACACAGAGCUAAAGAAUUGUUUCAGGAAGCUAGAGAUCUCGUUCGAGGAAGACGAGAUCAAUGACUUGUUUGAAGCUUGUGAUAUCAACGAGGAUAUGGGGAUUACAUUUACUGAGUUCAUUGUUCUUCUCUGUCUCGUCUAUCUUCUUAAGGACGAUUCAUCCACCCUCCAAAAGAAAUGGAGACUGGGAAUGCCGAAGCUGGAACCAACGUUUGAGACGCUAGUGGACACAUUCGUGUUCCUGGAUGAGAACAAGGAUGGACUAGUUAGCCGCGAGGAGAUGGUCCGAGCUAUUGAUGAAUCUGGAGAACGUUCCUCCGGGAGGAUAGCAAUGAAAAGAUUUGAGGAGAUGGACUGGGACAAGAAUGGAAUGGUGAACUUCAAAGAGUUCUUGUUCGCAUUUACGCAGUGGGUUGGAAUAGAUGAGAGCGAAGAAGAAGACGAUGAUGAUAACAAUGACAAGGCUUGAUGUUUGUGUUUUUGCAAGAGUGUAAUAGUAACAAACUAUAUUUUAUGUUAUAAUGCAAACAGAAUAAUUCAUUACCAAAACACACAAA